AUGCCUUCAACAACCAUUGAAUCCGGCUUUCAUCUCGCAGACAACAAAGGCUACAUGCUUGGCCGAAGCCACAACGCGGCCUGUCGCCUCAAUCUCCAAUUCUUCCUUUGGAAAGAGUCCCUCCAAUUCAACAUCCACCCUUCUAUCCCCAUUGCCUCCAGUCCUGUUAUCGCAGAUGUGGGCACGGGAACCGCAAUCUGGCUCCUCGACGUCGCCCGCGAGUUUCCCACUGCUAUUCUCGAUGGCUACGACAUUGAUCUCUCGAACACUCCGCCCACUCAAUGGCUCCCUAGAUACCUCACUCUUCUCCACUGGAACGUCUUCGACCCCGUACCAGAACACCUGGUCGGGAAAUACGACAUCGUCCACCUCCGCCUCCUGAUCCUCGUCGUGCAGAACAGUGAUCCAGUCCCCAUCAUCCAAAAAGUAGCCCGCCUGCUCAAACCGGGCGGAUACAUCCAGUGGGACGACCUCGAUUACCCAGACACCCAUGUUAGAAAGGCAGAUCCCACGCUUGCAACGCCGGCGUUUGACCGUCUGCGCCAGUUCGUCUACUCGAGUGGACGUCAUGACUGGGUGUUGAAUUUACCGGUGCUGCUGGCACAGAAUGGAUUUGCCGAGCCUCAACUGGAGCAUUUUCAGGACCGCGUCGACCUUGGUACGGCAAAUGGAGGGCAGCAUUUGGCGACGAUGGACGAGUUUGUACUGUCCUUGGAGAAAAAGGAUAUGGUGGAUGAUGCGGAGAAUAUCCGACAACUGCUAAGGGAUGUUGCGGUGGAGGCAGUGCAUGGUGUGGCCUUGUCAAUGCCGCGGGUCGUGGUUAUUGCGCGAAAGUUGUAG